CGCACUGUGUGUUUCCGCCUGCAUAUGACGUUGAUUUCAGCCAGAGUACGGAAAUCAGGCAGGCGCGAGAAAAGCCGCUGUCCGGGGAAAAUCGAUAUUUAUUUAUUAUUUUUUUAUUACAAUACAUCUUAAAUGGAGAAAAUGUCUGCCGGUGAAAACGUGUCCCGAUUAAACCAGUUCAAAAAUAAAGGGAAAGAUGCGAACGAGUUGAGGAGGAGGAGGCUGGAAGUCAGUGUGGAACUCCGGAAAGCGAAGAAGGACGAGCAGAUAUUAAAACGGAGAAAUGUGAGCUGUCUGCCGGAUUCCCAGGAGCACGAUCCAAACCACAACUCACAGACGUUCCAGCAUUGGAGUGUGGAGGAGAUCGUCAAUGGUGUAAACAGUCAAAGUCUGGAUCAUCAGUUGCAGGCCACACAGGCAGCGAGGAAGUUGCUCUCUAGAGAAAAACACCCUCCCAUUGACUCGAUCGUGGAAGCAGGUCUGAUCAGUACAUUAGUGAGCUUCCUCUGGAUCUCUGACUGUCCUCCAAUCCAGUUUGAGGCAGCUUGGGCUCUCACCAACAUCGCCUCAGGAACCUCCGACCAAACAAGAGCUGUGGUGGAGGCAGGAGCCAUUCCAGCCUUCAUCAGCCUCAUCUCCUCUCCUCACGCUCACAUCAGCGAGCAAGCUAUCUGGGCCCUUGGCAAUAUCGCUGGUGAUGGCUCGACGUACAGGGACAAAGUCAUCAAACAUGGAGCCAUUGAGCCGCUGCUUACACUGCUGUCUGCUCCCAACCUGUCUAUGUUUACUACGAGCUACCUGAGGAAUGUGGCGUGGACUCUGUCUAAUCUAUGCCGGAAUAAAAACCCGGCCCCUCCAGUGACUGCCGUGCAACUGAUGCUGCCGGCUCUUCUGCGCCUUCUGGAAUACAACGACUCUGAGGUGCUGGCCGACACGUGCUGGGCCGUGUCCUACCUCACUGAUGGCCCGAAUGAGCGGAUCGAGGUGGUGCUGCAAGCUGGCCUUGUGCCCCGUCUCAUACAGCUGCUCGCCUGCUCAGACAUUAACAUCAUGACUCCAUCGCUGCGUGCCGUGGGGAACAUCGUUACCGGAACGGACGAACAGACUCAGAAAGUUCUGAACUCCGGAGCACUGGCUCUGUUUCCCACUCUUCUACGCCACCCAAAAAACAACAUUCAGAAGGAGGCGACGUGGACACUGUCCAACAUCACAGCCGGGAAAGACUCACAAAUCCAAGAAGUGGUUGAUGCAGGUUUGGUGCCCCUGCUGGUGGAGGUUCUGCAGCAGGGAGACUAUAAGACUCAGAAAGAGGCUGUGUGGGCCAUCACCAACUACACCAGUGGGGGGACGGUGCAGCAGGUGGCGUACUUGGUUCAGUCCGGAGUGCUCGAACCUCUGCUAAACCUCCUGUCAUCCAAGGACAGCAAGACCAUCAUAGUCAUCCUGGAUGCCAUCUCGAAUAUUUUCACGGUUGCAGAGAAGAUGGGCGAGAAAGAAAAGAUGUGUCUGAUGAUCGAGGAGUGCGGAGGACUGGACCGGAUCGAAGCACUCCAGACCCAUGAGAACGAAAUGAUCUACAAAGCUGCACUCAAACUCAUCGAGAAAUACUUCUCAGGCGAAGAAGAAGAGGAUGAAUCCAUUGUUCCUGAAGCAACCAAUGAUGGUUAUGCCUUCCAAAUUACUGAUAACCAAAGCACUUUUAAUUUCUAAAACACUCCUUCACCACCCACUACUCCAUUCCACUUUUUUAAAAAUAAAUUUAUACUUGGUUUUUAUUAUUUUUUUUUUUAUUAGUUAUGUAUAUAAAGGCUCUUUUUAGUUUUUUCACUAAGCCUUGUAAAUAAAUUUUUAACAUAUAAGACUGCUCUGUGUUUCACUUUAUGUAAUGGCAAGAAUUUAACUUUUGAAUCAAACGCUGUUAUCCCAGGAGUCACUUUCGAGCGUUCAGGCGAGUUCCUUAAACUCUUGCUGGUUUGACUUUCACUGGGGAUUGGAAGCUCAGUGUGUUAAGGCUCUGGGUUACUGAUUGCAAGGUCUGUGGGUUCAAACUCUGGUAUCGCCAAGCUGCCACUCUUGGGCCCUUGAGCAAGGCCUUUAACCUUUCUGUGCUCCAUGGGCGCCGCAUCAUGGCUGACCGUUCGCUCUGACCCCGGCUUCCGAGCAAGCUGAGAUAUGUGAAGAAAGAAUUUCACUGUGCUGUAUUGUAUGUGACAAAUAAAGGCUAUUCUAUUA